ACAGGUCGUCAAAGUUUAAUUGAGAAUAACAAUUCGACCGUGAAAAAUUCCAUCUUAUAAAUAUACCAUACAACUUAUGAAUCGUUUCAUAGAACGAUUCUUUAGCCGCACAUGCACCGAGCCAUGGAGUUUUGGAAUAUAUCGUUAUUCGCGACGUUAUUCCUCUUCGUUCGAAUCCAUGGAAAUCCUCCGCGAGCGACGAAUCACGCGGAAUUUCCGACACACGUCGACGACGUUUCCGACUCGUCGAAUCAAAAUUCCGACAAAUGUUCGAAAGUCUUCCACGAAACGAUAGCGGCAGCCACCGACGACAUGGGGGCGAUAAACGAGACCCAACUGACGUCGACGCUGAAGAAGAUAACGAACGAUUUCAUAGUCUGCAUUUUUCUGAGCAGCGAGAACUUCGCCAAGAUCCCUCAUCUCGCCGCGUUCGGAAAUUCGGUGGGUAAAAGAAAUCCUGAAUCGAGACGAUCGAGUGGAAACGGGAUAUUUGGCAGAGGUGCGGCCUCCUUAGCCAGAAAACCGAUGAUCGAAAACCAGAAGACCGGAUGUAUUGACUUGAACAGAGUACUGAAAGACCGAAUGUGGCAGAGGGUCGUUGAAUUCGUCGACGAAUUCGACGAUGACGGGACUCAGGGAGACUACGUGUUUCUCAUGAGAUCGCUGCUCUUCGAAGUUAGCGAGUCCGUACUCGGUGGAAAUUUACUCCGAGGUGUCAAGCGUAUAGUGAAAGAUACGCUGGAACCGUACGCGGCGGAAAUAAUCCAACUCGGCCCGGUACCGAAUAAUUUGGUCAGGGAAGUUGGCAGCAGACUGCGACGAUCGCAGGAUCAGAAUUGCACCAGGGACUUCGAUCAAUAUAUCGUCGAUAUCCCGGUGUGCGAUAUACCGGACAUCACGGGCAUGUUGAAAUGUGUUUAUUACAACGUAACCGGACUGACCGCUCUCCAAUCCUGGCUCAAGGACGACCCCGACACCUCGCCGGAAUUCUGGGAUCCCUUCAAGAUAAAACUUCACGCCGACUUGAACCGUUUGCUCCACGCGAUAACGAGUAGCAAGGCUUUGGAAGCGAAGAACUGCGCGAAUCCGGGGAGUUUCAAUUCCCACUGGAAGAGAAUUUACAAGGCUAGAAGGUCGGUUACGAAUUGCAUGAAUUUGGCGCGUUCCGAACUGGACAGGAAGGGUAACAACGCGGACGUUCUGAAGGUAAAGAAAAUCGACAAAUGCCUGAAAUCCGCAAACGCGGACGCCGAGGAUCUCGUCGAAUUUUUCACGCACGCCGACGACGUAAAUUCAUUCAUGUUCGCGGCUUUGACGGCGCUGGAACAGGACGUCGUUGUAAAAAUCCUGAAGAGGCAGCUCGAAUUUUACAAAAUAUUACGACCCCUCGGUGACUUCGUACUGGAACAAAUUGACUCCGGGAUACUGGAACCGGAUGACGAUACUAUGCGGGAGAAUAGUUUCGCUUGGAAUAUCGUUCUCGAGUGGGAAACGUCGACUGAAGCUGAUCUGGAACAGCGAUUGGUCAACCAGUUCGAAGAAGCCCCUCUGACGGAUCCAAAUUGCCCGUUAGAAUAUCUGGAUGACAAUUCACCGGACAGUAUACUGGAUAACGAUUGCUGGAGAUUGGCAUUCGAGGAUCUCUUGAUCAUCGAGUCGGCCGUUAAUGCGGCAGGUCUUUCGCUGCAGGUCGUAUUCUACGGAGAUCCGAUACUGAUGAAUUACAUCUACAUCGUGGAUCAAGAAUUGGCAGCGGCGAGGCGGCGGCUACGACUUCUUCCUCCUCUUCUUACCUCGGAUCACGCAGAUCCCGUGGAGGAGUAUUUGUUGACGUUGCACAUGAACGACGUUAAUCAUUUACACGAUUCACGGCAGACCGGUUACAAGAGGUAUCCUCGAUCCAACAAAUUGGCCAAAGCCUAGCUCGCUUCUUUGUUCCACGAUGUAACGCGUGAAAUUCUAUUCUCGGUGUAACACGGAUCGACUCCGCGGUAGGCGAAACUCGAAACGUAUAUGAAUAUAUGGUGUUUAAAGAAAAAAAAAAAACAAAAAAAAACGUCA